CAAGAGAACAAAGAAAAAUUGAUAAUAGAAAGUUCCUUAAAAUUGCAUGCUCUAUCUGGAUCCUGAAAUAUUUUUUUUUGGGUCCAGUGUCCCUUUAAUCCAAUGAGAUUGUUUUAACCUACUAAUGUUACUCUUCACACCCUCACAUCAAUGGGCCCUGCACAUACUUUGAGUCACUCAUGAUCCCAUAAUCACACAAAAAAAUCUACACUUAAUGACUUGUGCUACCCUUUUCAGAGACCCUGAUCUCCCUACACUUAUUGACAUCACUUGCAUGGCAGUCACUUACUGAGAAGUUGCACAACUCUUCAAUACUCCUAAAUUUAGUAGCAGCCUCUUGCUCAUAGCUGAAGAUACCUGAUGUGACUGAGAGGAAGUGGGGACAUUGUGGCUAAUAUUAAAGCAUUUCAGGAAGAAGAAGAGGAUGCAGAACAAUUAUCCUGCCGGUGUGGCCCUGGUGGAUGUGUCUCUACUCCGCCAAACUCAGCUGCGCUCACUCAGCAAAUCUGACACAAAACUCCAUGAGCUCCAAAGAAACCGACCAGGAGACCACCACCUUAGACCGGUCAGCAUGGAUCCAAUGCACAUAUCCUACAGGUGGCAGAUACCUUGUGCCCCCACUACAACAGAUGCUACCUAUUCCAACAUUUCAAUUAAUGUCAAGUCUCCCCAAUGCACCUUGUAUGAGAGUGUGGGAUCACAAGCAGAAAUAGAAGACCUACAGGUUCCCAACCCUGAGAACAUAGUAACUGAUGAGUAUGCCUGUGUAAAAAAAGUGAAAAAACUGGGCCAAAAAGAGGCACAAUCAAACAAUCAGGUGGGAAAUAGCCUGGCACCUCCACCUGAACCCUGUCCUGUGGGGAAACCGGAGGAACUCAGGAUUGAGGACAUGUACUCUAAAGUAAAGAAGAAAAAAAGACUGGUAGAAAGUGUGGAAAACACCACAGAAAGUUCUCAGGUUCCUCACUUGAAGCGUAUAGAGCAAAGCUCGCAUUGGUUAGAAUCUGCUCCACAAUUGGAAGAAAACGUGUAUGAGAGUAUAUGUGAGAUGACAAGUGGUGUUCACAAAACUCAUGGGAAUGAAGAUGGGACAAUAAUUACAGAUUUAUAACCCCCAUUUGCUUGACACUAAUACAGACAUACGCACUUCUAAGAGCUUUUAACUUCUUAUGAAGUCCAAAUAACAAUAUAUAUUUUCAAUUGCUGAAGAUCUGAUAUGGGGGUUCUCCAUUCUGGAUAAAAGGCUUAUGUACAGGCUUUGCUUCCAGAGGGUGGGUCUAAUUUCAAGGUUCUGUUCACAUGAUGAGAUGGACUUGCAGUGAGGUGUUCUGAUAUGAAUGCUCUGUUGUCACAUGAUCACUAUUUGAUGUAUAUGAUCUAAUCUCAAAUGUUAACAUUUAAAUAUAAACGCUGUACUCUCUGACUGAUUUUAAUAUGAAGACAGAAUAUAUUGUUUAAUAACUAAGCUUUGACUACAUGGGGUGGUGAAGUAAUAGGGGUGUACAUUUGCUUGAUGGUAGCAAUGUACUUUAUCUGAGAUAUUAAAUCAAUAAACAAUGUAUUAAUAUUA